AUGGGGAAGAAGGCAGUUCUGAUCGGAUGCAAUUACCCAGGAACCAAGGCGGAACUGAAGGGAUGUGUGAACGAUGUCCGUAGGAUGAACCGUUGUCUCGUAGAUCGCUACGAUUUCUCCCCCGACGAUAUCACCGUCUUGAUCGACACGGACGACUCCUUCACCCAACCUACCGGGAAAAACAUCCGAUCCGCUAUUACCAAUCUUGUAAGCUCCGCCUCACCGCGGGAUUUUCUCUUCCUCCAUUACAGCGGCCACGGCACCAGGCUACCCGCCGAGACUGGAGAGGAAGACGAUACUGGCUAUGACGAGUGUAUCGUCCCCUGCGACAUGAAUCUCAUCACCGAUGAUGAUUUCAGGGAAUUUGUAGAUAAGGUACCUGAAGGCUGCCGCAUAACAAUUGUAUCAGAUUCGUGUCACAGCGGUGGCCUUAUUGACGAGGCCAAGGAACAAAUCGGAGACAGCACAAACCGUCCAGAAGAGAAGGAGAACGAAUCAGAGUCUUCUGGUUUUGGAUUCAAAAGCUUCCUGCACCAGACUGUAGAAGGUGCAUUAGAAUCCCGUGGAAUCCACAUUCCUUCUGGUCUGCGCCACAACCGUCAUGGUCAAGGUGGUGGUCGGGGUGAGGAAGAAGAGCUUGAUGUUGCUGAUAAGGAGGUGGAAACUGAGUUUGGUGAGCGAGCCUUUCUGAAAAGCAGAUCCCUGCCUCUGUCAACACUCAUAGAAAUACUCAAGCAAAAGACGGGCAAAGAUGACAUUGAUGUAGGGAAGCUGAGGCCAACUCUUUUUGACGUGUUUGGAGAAGAUGCAAGUCCCAAGGUGAAGAAAUUCAUGAACGUCAUUUUGAACAAAUUGAAACACGGGGAAGGGGAGAGUGGUGGAGGGUUCUUGGGUAUGGUGGGUGGCCUUGCUCAGGAGUUUCUGAAGCAAAAACUUGAACAGGACGAUGGGUAUGCAAAACCUGCUCUUGAGACUGAGGUGGGGAGCAAGCAGGAGGUCUAUGCUGGGCCUGCGAAGCGGUCACUGCCAGGGGGUGGGAUCCUCAUAAGUGGCUGCCAGAGCGACCAAACUUCUGCGGAUGCAACUCCUGCAGGGAGAUCGGAUCAAGCUUAUGGAGCCCUUAGCAACGCGAUCCAGGCUAUCCUAGCUGAAGCAGAUAACCACCAAGUUACUAAUGAAGAUGUUGUUUUAAAGGCUAGGAAUUUGCUGAAGAAACAGGGUUUUACCCAGCAACCCGGACUAUACUGCAGUGAUGAUCUCAUCCGUGCUCCAUUUAUCUGCUGA